CAGAAAUAUUAACGUUAACGAUUCACCACGUCUGAUGACAGAUCUAUGUGUCUAAAGAAAAAAUAAUUUUUUGGACUAAAUGUAGAUCUCGAAAACUAAUCCUACACCCUAGAAAACAUAUGCAUAUGAACCGCCUGUCAUCUGAAUUCAGCACGAGGAGACUCUGAAGAAGUUUCGGUUAUCUGAUUCUGAAGUUCAUCAUCUCAAUUCUGAACAAGUUGCGUAUAUUUGAUUCUGAUUUCUGAUCGCAAGUUGGGAACAGCACCAGCGUAGCGAAAGCGAAAGAGGAAAAUGGAAGGAGUAAAUGAGAAAGAGAACGAGGAAGUAGAAGCACAAAAACAUUCAGGUCCGUCUGAAUUGGGCAAAUGGGCAGAGAUUCAAGAUAUGCUGAAGAAGAGAGUCAUUACAGAGGAUGAUUUCCCAUGGAGAUUGCCCUCUUCACAGGCACAACAUCAACAACUCAGGUAUGUGGGGGGAGUGGACGUCUGCUUCUCCAAGGAAGAGCCAUCCAUGGCGUGUGGGAGCCUGGUGGUUUUGGACCUCCAUCAUGCUCUGCGCCUCGUCCAUCAGUGCUACACUGUCCUCACCCUUGACGUUCCUUAUGUCCCUGGCUUCCUUGCCUUCCGCGAGGCUCCUAUUCUUGUACACCUCUUGGAGAAGAUGAAAAGCACUGCUAGUCCUUUCUACCCACAGGUACUCAUGGUGGAUGGUAAUGGAUUGCUUCACCCUCGAGGUUUUGGUUUGGCCUCUCAUCUAGGUGUUCUUGCUAAUCUUCCAACUAUUGGUAUUGGAAAGAAUCUGCACCAUGUUGACGGUCUUACUCGAUCUGGGGUAAAAGAACUUUUUGAAGCCGAAGAAAACAGAACCAAGGACCUUAUUACUUUAAGAGGCAGCUCAGGAUUCAUCUGGGGUGUGGCAAUGAGAUCAACUCAGAGUUCAUUGAAGCCUUUAUUUGUUUCAAUUGGUCAUCGAAUAUCACUUGAUACUGCCAUCAAAGUUGUGAAAAUGACAUGCAAAUUUCGUGUGCCAGAGCCUAUCAGGCAGGCUGAUAUAAGAUCCAGAGAGCAUCUUCAUAAGCAUCAAAUUGGAAGGACGUACUGGUGGCAAUAUGUUGGGCAGAUUAGUUGCUCUGAGGUACCAGAUUUUGUCAGAAGUUAUCUGGUCCAGCAUUUUAUUAGAUUUUCGAAGUUGUUUCAGAAAUUGAGCACACUGAGAAGGGAGACUCAGACACAAUAUUGAAAUAUCAUAUAGUUAGUUAUGGAUCUGCAUCAAGUUGAGCCAGCAGGUUGUAUUAUCUGUGUUGCUACUGCUGCCAGUAAAAGCUACCGUGCUUGAUUUUUGGCACUCUGACGGAUGGAUCACAUUCAACUGGCAUUGUUAGCUUGUAUUUCCUAUCCUGACUGUUGAUGCCCGCGCCUAUCAUCACUUCUUUCCUGGUAGUUGAUGUUUAUCAUUUUAUUGCUAAAACGAAAAGUCCAAGCAAGAUGAAUUGCAUCAAUCAGAAGAACUUAAUUAGAGAAAGUUUGUUCUUUCACAUGCCAGGCAUACAUAGAUAGCAUGGCAGCUCACAAAAUGCUUAUUAAUAUGAAGCAGGUCCUUUUUCUC